AUGCACGGUGAUCCAAUUCCAUUCUGCAUAACUCCAUUCGCAUACAACAUCAAAACGCGUGCUAUAUACUUUGACUGCACCUUCGGCGUUUCUUUCCUCGUCGUUAUAAUCUAUGGAAUUGCUAAUUUCAAAUUUCGCAGCUUUCUAAAGCACCUCCAACCAACAGCAAACACCCUUAAUCUGGAAGCUAAACGUCGGAUGCUCAUUUCUCUGUCAGUAAUCAUGGUCUUAUACAUAUUAACGCAACUUGCAACUUUUGUCACCUUACUCUCCAGUCAAAUUUUCCUCGCGUUGAACAGCUACAUGGAUUUGAUCUAUCACUUCCUCGGAGUGCUCAUGGCUCUGAAUGUAUCGUCAAAUUUUGUUGUGUAUUGGUGGAGGAACACAGAAUAUAGAAAAGUCUUCGUGCAGCUACUGCAUCGCUUUGGGAAGCGCAAUGCUAUAUUUGUAAAUGCAGCAAAAUAA